UUGCGCAAAACGCAAAACAAAAAUAAUUAAAAGUCAUUACAUAUUUGAGAAAAAUUUUCUUCCGAAGUUUUCGUCCAACUCACCAAAUCUGGUCGGUCUAUUAGAGUUGUCUUCGGAUUGCCACACCGGGGAAAAUGAAUCACAAUCGUCAAUGAGCAAAUUCGUGCACCUGGGGGAACGCAAAAUCCUCAAAGUGAGAAAAAACGGAAUUUGUUGUGACUAGAGUGCUAACUCGCACCCAAAUUUGAUUCUCCACUUUCUUUGCACGGGACAGAAAAAAAGACAAAAUCGCUUCACGUGAGAUCUAGUUUUUCUAAUCUCUAAUUCAGGGCAAUCAUGUAGCUUCUCUGAAAUCUCACAUUUCCAAGGUGAAAUUACUUCUAAUUUACUCGUUGGUAAUCUCUGUAUUGGUUGCUGAACGAAACUCUAGAAUGGCUUCAACGAUGCAAUUGGAGUUCGCCCAGGCGAUGUCCGAUUUCAAGAACAUGUUUCCCGAGAUGGACCGAGAUGUAAUAGAAGCCGUACUGCGGGCAAAUCAGGGCGCAGUUGAUGCUACGAUCGAUCAGUUGCUUGCAAUGAGUACCGAUAAUCAGAAUGAGAAACUUCGGCAGGAAUUGGAUGGCGACACCGGCAGAACACCGCCGACUGGUGGCAAUAAUCCUAACGCUUCACCGGCUGUUCUGUUGAAUCUUUCCAGCGCUGCGACUCCAGUGCUCCUCAGCACCUCUCCUAAACAACAAGCGCUGGGCGCAUCACCUAAGAUCAAAAAGUCUCCCGGAAGCGCUAGUGUCAACAGUAGUCCGCGAGUAGUCGCAGUGGGAGCUGUUGGUGCACGGGAUCCGGACAAGGUUGGCUACAGCAGAUGGAAUCCACCCAUGCUGGGCCCGCUGCCACCCACUUUCCUGAGGUUGGCCGGAUGUGGCGAAUCGACACGUAACACUGAGUUUGACCUCGGCGACGAACAGUUCGCUAUGAUGCUGCAGAACGAAGAAUUUAUGGCCGAGCUGAGAUGGAACCAGGAGUUCCUGUCGGCGCUGGAGAAAGACCACCAAGGUAAGGUUUCAGAUGACGCCGCGUUCAAGGAACGAUUGCGCCACAUGGGUAAGAUAUCGAGGAAGAAAUUUGCCCAGCUGGCACGGGUAUUCACCUGGCAGCGGGGCGGUAACAAGAAAGCUAGUGCCGUUAGGCAUCCGGAUUCGCUGCUUCUGCAGGAGGAACACAGCGAUGAUGACGAGCCGAGAAAGGCCGCCAAGAAGUAGAGCGGGGUAGGGUUUCGAUUCGCUUGUUUUUGGUAGGGAUGUUAGAUGCCGAGAGAAUAGACCGUUCCCCCCGGGGGGUGAGUAAUGGAUUCCAUAAUUUGAGUUUUGAGUUAAGAGUUUUUAGAAGAUAAGACUGUUAUAUUUUUCUGUGAAAAGCAAAUAUCCGUGAGGCAACACCGAAAUUUUAACUGAACAUAUGGACUGAGCGAAGGGUUUUUGGUAAAAGUAGUCAUAUCAGGAGGAAAAGAGGUUGAUUUCUUGUCUCGAAGUUCGUGCAAUCGCUCUGGAAAAGCCACAUUUUUUUAGUUUGCUAUUAUUUAUUUGUAUAUAUUCAGAGAUUGUUUAUUUUUCAUCUAUUGUUGGAAUAUUUAUCACUACAAAUGCAUUUGAGGUGCGACUCACUUCGCAUGGAUCUGAUCAGAUUAACUACGUCUAUUUUUUGGAUUAGUCUAAAUUGUAGGCAAAAAGACAGAGCAGAUUUUUUCGUUGGUAAUAGUUAUUUCGUAUGAAUUAUCCUAGAUCAAGCAAAGCAGCAGUUAUACAUAGAUAAGUUAUAUAACUAUAUAAGUCAAUCACUAUACGCAGCAGGAGCAACAAAACAAGGAAAAAGAAACUAGUCAUCGCAGAUUAUUAAAUGAUAAAGAUAUAGACGAAACCAACAUACACACAUUGGUUCCGCCGCGCGCAGGCUUCUACGGGAGGGCAGAGAAAAGAUUCACAACUUACCUAACUAUAAAGAAACGCAAGCCUAAAAAGCAAACAUGAUGUAAACAGAGCAUGAAACUCAAUCUAAUUUAGCAGUGUAAAUAACUAUCUACGUAUAUCCUCUGAAAUUACCGAUAUGGUUAGAAAGCAUUGGAGAAAUGUUUUAUCGUUCAAUUGUGUGCUGCGAUAACGCUGGAGUUCUUUUGCGGUCUUUAUCUCAUCAUUUAUACAGAUUAGUUAGACGGGUUUGUGGAAUAAAAAAAUUUGGCAAAUAGUGGCAACGGAAUUAUGCAUAAGUUAGCUUCGAGUUUCCACGAUUUGUAUAUGUAGCGAAUGGGAUCGAGUAUGUUACAAAAAUUACUUGGAAAGAUGGAGCCAAUGAAUGAGAGCGAUUUAUUUGGGCACAUUUGAGGUGCUGCAACUUCCUCUGAUAUAAUCCGAUUUCUAUUCUGUUUGCUCUAUACAACUGGAAAUUGGAAAAACCGAAUAUUUCCGGAGGUAUGUCUUGCGAUGUUUAGAGCCGAGAGUAAGGUUUUGAAGAUUAGAAGUAGAUGGAAUGGAUUUCUUUUAUUCCUCAUUUCGAACAUAAGUUCAAAAGAUCGCUUGAAAAUCGAGUGAAAAAACAAGGCGCAUGGUUGCAGAGUCCCUUCUCUUUACCAGUUGAUGGAAGUUAGCUGUUGAUUUCCCUUGAGGCAAUAUUCAAUACUAGUCUCUCCCUAGUUUCGUUGCUUUUUCCGCGCUGUUCAAAGACCAUAAUACCAUUGAUCUUUGAGUCUUUCUCAAAAAGAUGUUUUUAACACAAGAGUCUUCCAGACCCAUUUAAUAUUGUUAUAACAAACAAUAUUUAUAUUGCCGAAUAUCACCGAUAUUACAGAAUUUUUUUGUGGACAGGCCAUCUUCAGUGGUUCCGUCAUCCGGGGGCAAAUUGAUCACCGGGGUGAAAUUGAUCAAAUGUUUUACUGAAAACAAACAUAAAUUUUCGGAGGUAUUAUGCAACUAAAUUUUGAACUGUUUUUAUCUGACACUAGCUGACCCGGCAAACUUCGUCCCGCCCAAAAUUCGUUUUUUUAACAAUACCCUCAAACAUUAACGUUUCUUACUAAGCGCAAGUUAAUGAGUCCAAUCGCAGAACUGUUCAUGGUUUAAUCUUCUAAUCGACCCCGUUGAAUUUACAUUUUACUAUAAAAUUCCUAGUACUCCUACCAAAACUCAUCAUUAGAAUAUCAGAUUAUUUUCAGAGACAAUUCUCGUUCAAGAUUUUUCAACCACUUGCAAAUAACAUGUUUCCCCGUUACAUGGAAUAAAUGUUUUAUACAGAAAAUAUGAUAGGAUAAAGACAGACCCCUCCCCUCUUCUCCCUUUAGAGUGUUUCUAGAGUGUUGUGUUUCCUUUGUAUGGGAGCCCCCCCUUAGAGAGGGGGGUGGAGUGUCUAAUCACCAUAGAAAAAUUUAUUGCACCCUUAAACCUCCACAUGACAAAUUUCGUUCAUUUACUUGAUUGAUUAGUUCUCGAGUAAUGCAGAAAUUUGUAUGGCAGCACCCCUUAGGGAGGAGGGAGGAGUCUCAAACUAUCAUGAAAACCUUCCCCGGCCCUAAAAACCCCUACAUACCAAUUUUCAUGUGAAUCGGUUCAGUAGCUUCCGAGUCCAUAAGAAUCAGACAGACAG